AUGGACAUCCCAGACUUGGCGUGGUUUCAGGUGUUGCUUUUGGUUGCAAAGCACUUCUCUAAAGAUCUGUACAGCAUGGCGGGGACAUGCAAGUUAUUUGAAGAAAUGCUGAAUGAUCAUGAGGUUUGGCGAACCAUGUCUGUAGAGAAGUACCAGUGGCAUCCGGAAUGGUACGGGUUUUAUCAAGAGAAACUUGUUGAGUUCUUGCCAAAGUGCAAGGAACACAACAAUCCAUGA